AUGGCCAUGGAGGAGUAUGAAAGUGAUGAGAAGGUCCACGUGGCAGUUGGGAAGUCCCUGAAGAAAGCCACCACUUUGCUGCAAUGGUGUUUCACCCAUUUCAGCAAAGCACAGAUAUGUUUGAUUCAUGUUUACCAACCUUCUACUAUGAUCCCUACACUCUUAGGAAAAUUGCCAGCAUCCCAAGCUAGUCCUGAAGUCGUGUCUGCUUAUAGAAUGGAGGAAAGAGAAGAUACCAAGAGGCUUCUGGAGAAGUACUUGAGCCUUUGCCGUGCAGCUAAGGUUAAGGCAAGUAGUGUCAUUGGUGAAGCUGAUCAAGUCCAGAAAGGGAUAGUAGAUUUGGUUACUGUGCAUAAUAUCAGGAAACUUGUUAUUGGAGCAAUACCCCGAGAAAAUUGCGUGAAAGUCAAAAGGAAUUCCAGAAAAGCAAACUUUGCUGCGAAAAAUGCUCCCCCAUUCUGUGAAAUAUGGUUUGUCUACAAAGGCAGACACAUUUGGACAAGAAAAGCUUCUGAAACUCCGUGUUUUGUGUCUUCCCAUGCUCAAACUGAGACUACAACCGUAGAGAGCUUGAGCCGUAGAUCUUUUCAAUAUGGUACAAAUGAAUUAUUCCAUUCAGAAUGUCUUCAAUCAAAUUCUACAAGGACUACAAGACGUACAGUUCAGAGUGAAAUCAUUGAAGCUGAAGCUACUUUUUCAUCCAAAUCACCCAGUUGUAAUAGUCAUUGUUCUCCCCAACAUUCAGCCGGUUGGUAUUUAGAUACUCAUUCAGAGUUUGAGGAAGAACCAAUUGACAGCCAACUUAUUGAAGCUAAAGGAGAAGCUAAUCCUGCAACAGACAAGGAACCUGUGGAGCUGUUGAAGUGCAAAAGGUUGGAACUCCAAGCCACUGAGGCCAUUAGUAAGAAGCCUAUUCUCCUUGUUCCUAUUGCAAGGAAAGCUGCCAGACAGAUUCUUGCUUGUCAUGAGGGAUCAAAUAUACUUUUUUAUCAUAACUAUGAAGCCUCAAGAGAAAAUCCAUCUGAAAGAUACUUGGAUUCUGUCAACUUGUUUGAAUCUGCCUGCGCACAUGAGGCAAAGCUCAGAAAAGAGGUUGAGGCUGCAGUGAGAGCUACAAUACAGGAGCAACAGAUGCUCUUGGAGGAGAAAGAAGAAAUUGCUAGUGAACUCGAAAGGACCAAAAGAGCUAGUAUCCUUCUAGCCAAUUGUGCACAUGAAACCAACCGUAGGCGAGAUGAAGCUGCAAAUGAACUAUCAUUAAUUCAAGCAUCCUUCUCAAACCUGCAGCACGAAAAGCAGCAAAUCAGGCGACAGAAAAUAGAAGCCCUACACUGGCUUGAGCGGUGGAAAAGUUGUGGACAUGUUGGAGCAGAUCACUGCAAUGGGAUCAUUGGGUUUGCUGAAGAAUUUCCAGAGUUGGCAGAAUUCUCAUUAUCAGAUCUUCAAAACGCUACAUGCAAUUUUUCUGAGAGUUUCAAAGCUAUGGAGGGUGGAUAUGGUUCUAUAUAUAAGGGAGAAAUGUUGGGUAGAACAGUUGCUAUAAGGAAGCUCCAUCCACACAACAUGCAUGGAUCAAAACAGUUUCAUCAAGAGGUCCGAGUUCUUGGUAGUCUCCAGCACCCUCAUCUGGUUACUUUGCUUGGUGUUUGCCCUGAAGCUUGGUCAUUUAUAUAUGAGUACUAUCCCAAUGGAACUCUUCAAGAUUACCUAUCCCGAAAAGGAAAUCUUCUGUCUCUGACUUGUAGUAUCCGAGCACGAUGGAUUUCUGAGAUUGCUAAAGUUCUCUGCUUCCUACAUUCUUCCAAACCUGAAACUAUUAUCCACGGUGGUCUGACGCUUGAAACUGUCAUUCUUGACACUGGCCUUAGUUGCAAGAUAUGUGACUUUGGGUUCAGCAGGCUGGUGAAAGAGGAGUCACUUUAUCUUUCUAGUUUUCACUUAAGCAGUGAGCCAAAAGGUUCUUUCACAUAUACAGAUCCUGAGUUUCAGAGAACUGGAGUACUAACACCUAAGUCUGACAUAUACUCUUUUGGACUCAUCAUUUUGCAACUCCUCACUGGUAGGACUCCAGUUGGAUUAGCUGCUGAAGUACGCAGAGCAGUUUCAUGUGGAAUAUUAUCUUCAAUUUUGGAUUCUUCAGCUGGAGAAUGGCAUUCCACCGUGGCAACACGAUUGGCUGAACUGGGAUUGCAAUGCUGCCAACUGAACAGUAGAGACAGACCAGAGUUAACACCUUCUCUAGUGAGAGAAUUGGAGCUGUUGUAUGUUUCAGAAGAGCGACCAGUGCCAUCUUUUUUCUUGUGUCCAAUCUUUCAGGAAAUAAUGCAUGAUCCUCAAGUUGCAUCAGACGGAUUUACUUAUGAAAGGAAGGCCAUAAGUGAAUGGCUGGAAAAUGGGCACGAAACUUCUCCUAUGACUAACUUAAAAUUGAGUCACCCGCAUCUCACUCCCAAUCAUGCACUUCGACUUGCUAUCCAAGGCUGGCUUUGCAAAUCUUGA